CAGUGCUCGCCAUCCCUGGGAUCAUCCCCCGAGAAAUUAAUUCCCAGUUUGAUUGGCAACCGAAGAAAGCCGGCUACAAAAAUGGAAAAGUUCAAUAAAGCACAAGCAAAAAACCUGGCAGCCGCCCAGAAACUAGUUGACAACUACGCCUCCAGCUCUGAGGAUGAAGGCGAACUGGACGAGAAGCAUAUUCUGGAUCUGCUCUACAAGCACUACAAACCAUCGGAGACGUUGGGCAGCUCCAAGGAUGCCGCGGCCCGCACAAGCACAUUCCUGGAGAACACUCUGCACUCGGGAGCGGCCACUUGUCUCAUUUGCAUUGGCAGCAUUCGGCGCGUGGAGGCGAUCUGGUCAUGCGAAAGCUGCUACUGCUUCUUUCACCUGAACUGCAUCCAGCGCUGGGCCAACGACAGCAUGAUGCAGAUGAAGGUCAAGGCGGCGGAGCAGCAGAACAAUGGUCAGGGUCACUAUAAUCAUUUGGGCGAGUUUGUGCCACCAAAGCGCCAGAAAUCCCUACACUGGUGCUGCCCCCAGUGCCGCAGGGACUAUCAGCCGGCGGAGAAGCCCACACAGUACAAUUGCUUUUGCGGCAAGGAAUUGAAUCCCCCAUCGCAGCCGUUCCUAGUGCCACAUUCCUGUGGCGAGAUCUGCGGAAAACUGCUGCAGCCAAAGUGUGGGCACGACUGCAAGUUGCUUUGCCAUCCGGGGCCAUGUCCUCCGUGUGCCCAGCAGGCGCAGGUCUCCUGUUUGUGCGGCAAGUCUAGUCCCCGUUCAAUGAGGUGCAUUGACAAGCAGUGGCGGUGCCAGCAGGCGUGCAAGGAUCUGCUGGCCUGCGGCAAACACAAGUGUAAUCAGGUAUGCCAUCGCCCAGGACAAUGUCCACCCUGCACCAGCAAGAGCCUGCAGCCCUGCGAAUGUCGGCGAGAGUCCAAGAUGGUCAACUGCUCCGAUCGCAAAUGGAAGUGUCAGAAUGUAUGUGGUGCCCCCUUUGCCUGCGGUCUGCACAUCUGCGAGAAGGUUUGCCAUGCUAGUUCCAACGACCACGGCGAGUGUCCCCUGCAAGUCCGUAGCUGUCCCUGCGGCAAGAAUACUCAAAUUAGACCCUGCAAUGAGGCGGAAGAAACUUGCGGGGAUACCUGUCAAAAGCUAUUGUCCUGCGGCCAGCACACUUGCACUCAGCGUUGUCAUCGCGGUGCCUGCAUUUCGUGCCCAGUGCGAACCAAAAAGAAAUGCCGCUGCGGCCUGCAUGAAAAGGAGUUGCCCUGCUCCAAGGAGUUUACCUGCGAAACCAAAUGUAAACAAUUAAGGGACUGUGGCAAGCAUGCCUGUAACCGAAAGUGCUGCGGGGAUCAGUGCCCGCCUUGCGAGAAGAUCUGCGGCAAGCAGCUAAGCUGCAACAAGCACAAAUGCCAGUCUGUCUGCCACAAUGGACCCUGUUAUCCCUGCAAGCUAGAGUCCCAAAUCAAUUGCCGCUGUGGCAAAACCAAACGCAGUGUUCCCUGUGGAAGAGAGAAGAGUGCACGCAUUGUGUGUCUGGAGCUUUGCCGAAUUUCUGCCAAAUGUCACCAUGCCAUUAAGCAUAAAUGCCACAAGUCCGAGUGCCCGCCUUGUGGCCAGAUGUGCGGCCUGCCCAACGACAACAGCAAGUGUGGACACAUAUGUAAGGCUCGCUGUCAUGAAGCUGUGCGGGUUAAUAAGCCAGGAGAUGGCAGACCACAGGCCAAAAAGUAUGAAUACAAAGCUCAACCCCAUCCCCGUUGCGAAGAAGGCGUGGUGGUCACCUGCAUUGGUGGCCAUGAGGUAGCCACCUGGCCCUGUUGGAACUCCAAGCCUAGCUCCUGUCAGCGUCAGUGUGCCCGGCAGCUCAAGUGCGGCAAUCACAAAUGCUCGCUGGUCUGCCACUCAGUGCCAAAACCAGACGAUAUGCAACAGCAAGCUGGCUGUGCCAGCUGUGAGGAAGGUUGUGCCGUUCCCCGACCCGCCGGCUGUGUUCAUGCCUGUCCCAAGGGCUGCCAUCCGCCGCCUUGUAUGCCCUGUAAUUUUGUGAUCAAAAGCAAGUGCCAUUGCGGUCUGAAUCAGUCGGUGUACAAGUGCAGCGAGUAUUACGAUGAGACGGGCACGGUCCAGGAGAUUGUGGAGCGCCGGGAAAAGUUACGCAGCUGCGGAAAUCGAUGCUUAAAGAAUUACAAUUGCGGCCAUCGCUGCACUGCCAUUUGCCAUUCCGGCAAGUGUCCCAAUCCCGAGCUUUGCCGCAAAAAGGUUCGCAUUUACUGCGCCUGCAAGCGUCUUAAGCAGGAAAUUGCCUGCGACAAGCACCGUGCCGGGCAAACAUCCUUGGAAUGCGACUCCCAUUGCACGGCCGAGCAAACCCGCGCCCAGGCGGCCGAGCAACAGCAUUUGGAGCAGAAGCGUCGACACGAGGAGGAGCGCAACCGCCUGGAGCUGGAGAAGUUUGAGGCAAAGUUUGGCAAGCGCAAGCACAAGGAACGCAAGACUGUGGACGUGGGCCCCACCAAGACCAAGAUUGACUGGCAGCGUUACGCAAUCUACGCAGUAUCCUUGCUCACUGUAUUAGGAGCCAUUGCUGUGGCAUUCUACGCAGAAAGUUAAACGAGGCUGA